CAUGGCCAAGAUGGUUUUGGUGAGCUUAGCUUCUGCAUCUACUUCUUCCAGGGUAGCAGCAGCCAUUGUUGUAGUGUUGGGUUUGGUUUUGAGCUUGGUAGUGGUGUGUAAUGGAGGCAAGACAAGUAGUUUUGUGAGGAAAGUGGAGAAAUCUGAGGUCAUGCCUCUUGACAGUGAUGUCUUUAAAGUCCCUCCUGGCUAUAACGCACCUCAACAAGUACAUAUAACACAAGGAGACCAGCUGGGAAAAGCAGUGAUUGUGUCAUGGGUCACGGUGGACGAACCAGGUUCCAAUACAGUGGUUUAUUGGAGCGCAAAGGGCAUAAAAGAGAUGGCUGUGGGCGAAGUUACAACCUAUAAAUUCUACAAUUACACUUCUGGUUACAUUCACCACACCAUCAUCAGCAAUUUAAAUUUCGAUACCAAAUACCACUAUGUGGUUGGAAUUGACCACACUAAGCGGCAGUUCUGGUUUAUUACUCCUCCUGAAGUUGGGCCGGACGUCCCUUAUACAUUUGGUCUCAUAGGUGAUCUGGGUCAGACCUAUGAUUCGAAUGCGACGCUUACUCAUUAUGAAUUAAACCCACAGAAAGGACAAGCAGUAUUGUUUGUUGGGGACCUCUCUUAUGCAGAUCUCCACCCAAAUCAUGAUAAUGUCAGGUGGGAUACAUGGGGAAGAUUCACCGAGAGAAGUGUUGCUUAUCAACCUUGGAUAUGGACUGCAGGGAAUCAUGAUAUUGAUUUUGCCCCAGAAAUUGGUGAAAUUGAACCUUUUAAACCUUACACUCACCGGUAUCCUGUCCCACACAAUGCAUCAGGGAGUACCUCCCCCCUUUGGUACUCAAUCAAGAGAGCUUCGGCAUACAUCAUAGUCUUAUCUUCUUAUUCAGCAUAUGGUAAAUACACUCCUCAGAACAGAUGGAUUGAGGAGGAGCUACCAAAGGUUAACAGAAGUGAGACACCAUGGUUGAUUGUUUUAAUGCAUUCACCAUUCUAUAAUAGCUACACCAAACACUAUAUGGAAGGAGAAACCAUGAGAGUGAUGUAUGAGCCGUCGUUUGUGAAGUACAAGGUUGACGUGGUAUUUACUGGUCAUGUCCAUGCCUAUGAACGAUCUCAUCGUAUAUCCAAUGUCGCAUACAACAUCGUAAAUGGUAAUUGCAUUCCCGUGAAAGAUCAAUCCGCACCGGUCUACAUUACCAUUGGUGAUGGAGGAAAUAGUGAGGGCUUAGCAACCAAUAUGACAGAACCAAGGCCAGCUUACUCAUCUUUUAGAGAGGCCAGUUUUGGCCAUGCUACUUUCGGCAUCAAGAACCAAACCCAUGCUUACUAUGGUUGGCACCGGAAUCAAGAUGGAUAUCCAGUAACAGCUGAUUCUAUGUGGUUUUUAAACAGAUAUUAUAAUCCUGAUGAUGAGUCUACAAGUGCCCAACACUACUAGAACAAGGCUCAUAAGCCACACGAUGGAAAAAAUGAAAAGACCUUAUUUUGCUAUCGUUCUCUUGAAUAAAUACCCAAAUGUAUCAGCAAAUAAAAGAAAGAUGGAAAA